AUGAUCAACUAUGAAAGUUCCAGAGAUUUAAUGGGUCUUAAUAAUGAAGGCAAAUCCGUUCAUGAUCAUCAUGAUCGUACUGAAAUGCAAAUCCUUACUAAUAACACUUCCAGUGACUUGAUUGACGAUGAUAUUGAUUUAGAGAAAAAAAAUGAAAUAACAUCUACAUAUUCAUUAGAUGACGAAUAUAACGACAACAAAUAUAUUGUGGAAUCUUCAUCUGAAAUAAAACUAGGUUGGUUUACCAGGUUUAUCACAGCAUUGGAUGCAGAAGCAAAAGGUAUUGAACCAAUUACUGAUGAAGAAAAAACUGAUGACUCUGUUAUCAAUGCUGCCUCCAUGUGGUUUUCUGCUAAUAUGGUUAUUGCAGGUUAUGCCUUGGGUGUCUUGGGUCCAAUGGUUUUCGGUUUGAAUUUUGGGACUUCUGUUUUAGUUAUCAUCUUCUUUAAUAUCUUGGGUUUAUUAUCAGUGGCUUUUUUUUCUGUAUUUGGUGCAGAAUUUGGUUUAAGACAAAUGAUUCUAUCUCGUUUCUUAAUUGGUAAUGUCACUUCAAGAAUCUUUGCUGUUAUUAACGUUGUCGCAUGCAUUGGUUGGUGUGUGGUUAAUACUGUUGCAUCUGCUCAAUUGUUACAUAUCGUUAACCCUGGUCCACAUGCUUGCCCUCCCUGGGCAGGUUGUUUAUUAAUUAUUAGUUUAACUUUAUGCAUUUCAUUUUUCGGGUACAAAAUUAUUCAUGCUUAUGAAAAAUGGUCAUGGGUACCAAACUUUGUCGUUUUCUUAGUUAUUAUUGCUAGAUUGAAGAUUGCAGGAACUUUCACUAAUGGUGAAUGGACCUCCGGGCCUACUACUGCAGGUGCUGUCUUAUCGUUUGGUUCUUCAGUUUUCGGAUUCGCUGCUGGUUAUACCACUUUUGCUGCAGAUUAUACUGUUUACAUGCCAAGAACUACCAACAAAUACCAAAUUUUCUUCUAUUUGGUUGCUGGUUUAUCUUUCCCAUUAUUUUUUUGUAUGAUCUUGGGUGCAGCAAGUGCCAUGGGUACAAAGACUAAUGAGAAUUGGUUACAAAUGUACCGUGAUCAUUCUGUUGGUGGGUUAGUCUCUGCUAUCUUAGUUGACAAUUCAUUACAUGGGUUUGGUUCCUUCUGUUGUGUUUUAUUGGCUCUUUCUACUGUUUCUAAUAAUAUUCCAAAUAUGUAUACCAUUGGUCUUUCCGUACAAGCUAUUUGGGAACCAUUAGCAAAAGUCCCUAGAGUCGUAUGGACCGUUCUUGGUAGUGGUAUUUCCAUCGGUAUUUCCAUUCCAGCUUAUUAUUCUUUCGAUAGUGUCAUGACUUCCUUUAUGGAUUCCAUUGGUUACUAUUUAUCCAUUUAUAUUGCAAUUGCCUUAUCCGAACAUUUCAUAUACAGACGUGGUUUCAAAGGUUAUAACAUUGAAGAUUGGAAUAAUUCUAAAAAAUUACCAAUCGGUAUUGCAGGAACUGUUGCCUUAAUUGUUGGUGCCUUUGGUGUAGCUUUGGGAAUGUGUCAAAGUUAUUGGAAGGGUGAGAUUGGUAGAUUGAUUGGUAACAAUGGUGGUGAUAUUGGGUUCGAAUUAGGGGCCGGUUGGGCUUUCGUUGCUUACAACAUUGUUAGACCAAUAGAAAUCAAAUAUUAUGGCCGUUAA